UGAGGUGCAGUCCUGGACAACAGCCACCAAGCAAUCCCUGUGUCUCGUGUGGCAAAAAGUGAAAGCGCAGCUAAUGCUGAGCAUGUCUUUCCUCGUUGCUGUUUUUUGGUAUUGCAGAAGGCUAUACAUCUUUUUAGCACAACUACUGAAACGGUGGAGCAACUACCUUCAGAGAAAAUUCAUAAGGAAUCUCAGUGUGCUGACAGAAGUUGAUCUACUUGGUUAUAGUGCGAGAGAAUGGAAAGGAGAAACAAAGCAGGCCAAACACAUGAGGGAGGCAUAUGAAGAAUUGUUUUGGAGCUAUCGUAUCAAAUAUCUGCGACGAGUCAGGAGGGACAACUAUUGUGUAUUAAGAGCAGUGCUUUUUCAGAUAUUCAGCCAAGGCAUUCCUUUUCCAUCAUGGAUGAAGGAGAGAGAUAUAUUAAAGCUCCCUGAAAAGCUUUUGUAUUCUCAAGGUUGCAACUGGAUUCAGCAAUACAGUUUUGGGCCAGAAAGAUACAUGGGUCCCAAUGUCUUUGGUAAAUUGCGCAAAUGUAUGGAGACAUUAAAGACAAAUUGGACUGAAAUAAGUGCUACUAAAGAUCAUGAAGAAAGAGGAAACAUGUGUAAUAGACUCUUUUCUGAUGAGAGCAAGGAGCACAAACUAUAUGAGGCCAUAAAAUUCAUCAUGCUCUACGAAGUUGUCGAAGCCUAUGAGCAGAUAAAGAACAGGGAAGAACCCAUACACAACCUUUUUAGACUUCUCCUUGCUCGUGAUUCUUCAUCUGACCCUUUGAGUUUCAUGAUGAAUCAUCUGAACUCCAUAGGUGAUUCUAUUUGCCUAGACCAGGUUGAACUGUUUCUUCUUGGAUACUUACUUGAAGUAAAGAUAAGAGUCUACAGACUGCAUAGGUUUAAUACUGAGGAAUUUCAAGUAAACUAUCCAGAUGAAUACCGAAGGGAAUGGAAUGAGAUUUCUCUCCUGACUGAGGACGACCGCUACUAUCACAUCCCCCUUUUCAGAACGUGAAGGACCAAUGACUUUUUUUUCCUUUGUAUAAUAUAGUGAGUGACAGGUGUCAGUGAAUUAGGUUUCUAACUGGCAGCAGUAACGUUUUCAGAAUGCUUGUUAAUGAUUACAAAAUGAUUUAUGGGUUUAUUGUGUAAACAUUUUGCUUUCCCAUUACAGCU